CUUUUUCUCUUCACGUAACUAAACCCGAGAUGAUAUGAAUGCUUUGCUUCAGUCGCAUCCUCACUUGACCGGCGCAAGCUGGUCGAUGUGGGAGCUGCUGACACGCCCCGGCACCCACCACCUAGGGGGACGAAAUUCGAUAUGAUCGGCCUACGUUGCGUAGAUGCGUCGUGGCAUUCAUUGCCCAAGCCCGAAGCACUUUGGAAUACGGUGUUUUCGACUUGUUGCUAUGGUCCUGAUGUUGCGAUAUGUACUCGUAUGUAGCAUACCAAAUUCAAUCCUGUUAUUUCACUCUGCUAUCUUCCCAUGUCUCUCUGUGUCCUCUGCAUAUCUAUCUGUCUGUCUCUUUCUCUAUCUCACCGUGGCCCACGUGACCGUCCAUCUCGCCAUCCAGGUCCACCACAGCGAAGAACCAUGGAUAGACGGUAUCGUGUUGCAUAUAUUCAAGAGUCCCAGGCAACCCAGUACACAAUAAAACCGUGCUAUUUCCCUACCAUGUGGUCGAAAUGGGUUGUAAUUCAUGUAGUCAGCAGCAUCAUUCACUCGCGUCUUUCUAGCGAUUUUUUUGCUCGCGAACG